CGUGUUCGCCUCAAAAGUGACGCAAUGCCCCGUUGCAAAUCGCAGACGAAAUCAUGCACCACUCAGCCGUGGAAAUACGGGAAGGAAGUUAGAGGAGAGGGAGAGAGUACGCGGAAAAACCUGUCCCGUUGUUUGGAUGUUUCAUCAGCCGCACAGGAGAAUACGCGCUUGCAUGCCGGCCGCUGGAGCAAGGGACAACGGCGACACUCGUGGAGUAUCCACUAUCCAGUUAGGUGUUUUUUUAGGUGUGUUCGGAAGAGGUGCUGAGAUACACAGGAGGCCAUGUCACGCCACCGGUACCACCGCGUUGACGGAUUCCACCUCGGUAAACACUUCACCGCACCAACCGUGCGGGAGGUGUUCGCCUACAAGCCACGUCCUGACGACAUCUUCAUCGUCACUUACCCGAAAUGUGGCACCACAUGGGUCCAGCACAUCGUAUUCUACGUCUUGAACCACGGCGUUCCACCGCAGGACCACGAAGAGUUCGAGUCGAAAACGCCAUUCUUCGAACUCAAAGGACAAGCUGCUGUCGAAAACUUAGUUAGACCUGCCGCGAUCAAGACUCAUCUACCAUUCGACAGGCAACCUUAUUCCAAGGACGCUAAGUACAUCUACAUCGCUAGAAACCCAUUCGAUUGCUGCGUGUCGUUCUAUCAUCACGUGAAGUUGAUGCCAAUGUACGACUUCGAAAACGGAACGUUCGACGAGUUCUUUGAGAGCUUCCUCAGCGGCGAAGUCGACUUUGGCGACUACUUCGACCACCUGUUGUCCUGGUACCCGCACAGAAACGACCCGAACGUCUUGUUCUUCACGUACGAAGACCUCAAGAAGGACGUCAGGGGGUGGAUUCAGAAGAUGGCAGAUUUUUUGGGAGAAGAGUACGGGAAGGAGCUUCGGGAAGAUCCCGCUUUGCUCGAAAGAAUCGUGCAGUGUACAUCCCUGGAAGCUAUGCGGAAGGUGGUGAACCCAGCGAUGCGAGAGAUAGGUCAAAAGUUCACUGGUGUGCCGGUCCAGUUCCUGCCACCUUGGGCUCAGCGUCUGGUAGAGGACUGUGGAGAUCUGUUGAAGAAACCCGUGACUGGGGAUUUUGUGCGUAAAGGUCAGGUUGGGGGAUGGCGAAGCUACUUUACAGCGGACCAAGUAGAGAGGAUGAAGGAGUGGAUCGCCGAGAGGUCUGCAGGAAGUGACGUUAUGGAUCUCUGGAAGGACAUGAAGUUCACGGAUUGAACUAACAAACGGAGCGAAGCCUUGUGCGAUGACGACCUCAUUUUACCCGGCUAUCGACUGCGCGCAUCCCCAUUCUAAAGAUCGGAUGCCGUCCUAGUGGCAUCUAGCGACCAUGUCACCGGAAGAAAUGAGACAGACAACGGCUCGCACUGCUGUUGCUAUGAUACCUAGCCUACUUCCGGUUGAAGAGCCCAGUUUCACAAGUAUGCUUUGUUACAGGUAGGGUUGGAUAUGAAUGGCCACUCCAUCCGCUCUUGUGCGAGCAUCUGCGAGCACUGAAACGUGAAAAAGUACUUCGUAUCUUCGUUAGUCACCUAACUCAACUCAGUGCCGGUUGCCGCGUAUGCACUUUCACUUUUGGGAACUACACUUUCUAAUCCCCACACAAAUACUGGUGAUAUGUUUUACUCCAAUAGAUAUAUAUUAUAUAUACAUGUACCCUA